AUGAUUUUAUUGCUUUUCUUUAUAUCUGCAGUGUUAUCCAAAUCUAUUAAUCCAAAUAAAUUAGAUGAAAACGAGAAGUACUCUGAUUUAAAAUAUCACCAUCACAAGAAUAAAUUCAAAAUCGAAGUAACUGGAUCUGGAAUUGUCGAAUUAUAACCUACUAUUGGAACUGUCAUUUUUCCAAUAGAAUUUCGUGACAAAAAGGCGGAUAAUGCUUUAUACUUAGCAAACAGUUUAAUCUUCAAUGCUGCAGAAAAAAUUAAAUGGAUUUUUUCAGAUCCACGAUCGUUCUUGGAUCCCAAAGAGGAACAGUCGCUGAAAGGCUCAUUGGAAUUAGGAAUAGAACCAGUGCUUUUUGAUAAAUAUUCAAUAGAGACUGGAAAGUAGUAAAUUUCUCUGAUAUAUAAUAAUAAAACAGGAGUAGAGCAAUAUGCGGUCACCAAUACAUUAUAUAUAACAACCAAGCAUAUAGAUAUGAUUAAUAAAAUUAUUGUUGAGUGUGUUAAUUCUGGCUUAAAUAGAGGGGUUAAAGUUAACUACUCAAAUAAUUAAACAGAAGUAGAUAAGGCAAAGGAUAAGGCAUUAAAAUUAGCCAUUAAAGAUGCUAAACGAAAAGCUAAAAAUAUUGCUCGUUCGCUAAAUCUAGAAAUUCAUGAAUAUCUUAAAUUUAAAUAUUUAAUUGAUCAAAAUAAUGCUGCAACAGAUCAAUGUGAUCCCAAAGCAGCAGAAAUGGUAAAUUAAGCAACAUGUAUUCCUAAUGAAUCAGCCAAAAACUAUUUUAGAGUAGAUGUUGAAUUAGCAGUAUUAUUAAAAUGA